ACAGAGCUUGGAUCAGCGUCUGCAGGCAACUCCUUAUUUGAGUAAUAUGAAGUGGGUGGGCCUUCAUGAGAGGUGUUCGCAAAGUCUGCCCCAUCCAGAAGCUUCUCUCUCAAUACCCAGUCCCUCUUCCACCUCUCUCUUCCCCUCUUUUUUGGAUCCAGCACUCACUAGCACAUGCUUCAGGAGCUCUGGAGACUCAGUCCAGUCGUCCUAGCUCAACACAGGAACCAUCAUGGCCAACUGCAGCAGUGUAUCCAGACUCGUCCUUCUGGUCCUGCUAGGCCUCUGGGUAGCCACCAUCCACUCAGAGACCGUGGAAGACCCCACGCCAACUUUACAAGGGGACAACCAGGACACACUGUCCGGUGGCGGGACAUAUGACGUCACCACCAAAGAUCCCUUCAAGGACAUGACGGAGAGAGUGUUAACCUUCGAGUAUGAGGACACCACCCACUCACAGGUCAUGGAUGAGGAGGAAGGUGUCCUGGGCCCGGGCGCCAUCACAGCUAUUGUCAUCGCUGUCUUCCUGGGGGCUUCAGUCCUCCUCUCCCUCAUUGUCAUCACACUCAGGAAGUUCACCGCUUCCUAGAGCCACAACCUCCUCUUCCUCCCUUUCAAUCUCUCACACUUUUCUUACCUCCACUUCUCUCUCAUUCAUCUAUCUUCAUGGUCUUUCUUGCCCAUUCUCUCACUUUUGCUCAGUUUCUCUUAUACCCACACAUAUUGUGAAAGUGACAACCCUUCUAUAACCCCUGGACGCUCUAAUAUAAUGGCAGGUCCCUUUAGCCUUGAAGCGCAACAGACAAUGAAUUUCCUUCAGACUCUAGCUACUAUAAUCAUAUUGUUUAUGUUGGCACACAUGUCAGCUUGUUACUAAAGGGUCAAUCCUAGCUUCCACUCAAGUCAAAAUUUACUUACAACAGAGACUGGCAGGUUCUUCCAGUGUAUACAGGUAACUGCCAAAAUAAUGGAAACACUUGAGUAAAUGAGAGAGAAAGUAUAUUGAAAGCAGGUGCUUCCACACAGGUGUGGUUCCUGAGUUAUUUCAACAAUUAACAUCCCAUCAUGCUUAGGGUCAUGUAUAAAAAUGCAUAUCAGGCCAUUAUUUUGGCUAACAUGACUAUGCCCCUAUCCACAGGGCACAAAUGGUCACUGAGUGGUUUGAUGAGCAAACGAUGUAAACCAAAUGCCAUGGCCGUCUGUCACCAGAUGGGAUAUUCUGGAGUGGUGCUUGUGACAGCAUUUUCCACCACCAUCAACAAAACACCAAAUUAUGGAAUUUCUCAUGGAAGAAUGGCAUUGCAUCCCUCCAAUAGAGUUCCAGACACUUGUAGAAUCUGGUGCAUUGAAGCUGUUCUGGCGCAUGGGGGCCUAUUAAGACGCUUUACGUUGGUGUUUCCUUUAUUUUGGCAGUUACAAUCAGAUCCACUUUAGCCAACAUCUGCUUAGCGGCGAAUGCCAGAGGUGAACUGCAUUAUAGCUGUCAAAUCUAGUGGCUCCAGGCAUUACACCAAAAGCAGACAUCUCCCUUGGUCACAUUAAGAGAAAUCCAGUGCCUGUCAAGAUUUCCUAAAGAUUUUUGAACAAUGUAUCUGUUAUACUAAUCUGUAAUGAGCAUUUGGCUGAUCAGUGGGCAAUGGCUGGUUCCCUUACCAAGAUGGGCCACCUCAGUUUUCUGAUAGGCUGAGCU